AUGGAUAUUACAAACGACACAACAGCAAUCCAAACCCGGAGUGAGAACAGGACGGAAGUUAGUGAAGUUGCUCUGAGUUACCAAAUAGUCGCCUCGCUUUUCCUGGGCGCGUUAAUCCUGUUUGCGAUUUUAGGGAACGCGUGUGUAAUCGCUGCCAUCGCCUUGGAGAGAUCGCUUCAGAAUGUGGCUAAUUAUCUCAUCGGCUCCUUGGCCGUUACAGAUCUCAUGGUGUCGGUGCUGGUGCUACCCAUGGCGGCCCUUUAUCAGGUUUUGAACAAAUGGACAUUGGGGCAGGAGAUGUGCGACAUAUUCAUCUCUUUAGACGUGUUGUGCUGCACAUCUUCCAUCCUGCACCUGUGCGCAAUAGCUUUGGAUAGGUAUUGGGCCAUCACUGAUCCCAUUGACUAUGUUAAUAAAAGGACCCCCAGAAGAGCGGCUAUCUUGAUCAGCCUCACUUGGCUAAUAGGGUUUUCCAUUUCGAUUCCACCCAUGUUGGGUUGGAGGAAACCAGAGGACCGCGCAAAUCCCGACGCCUGCACAAUCAGCCAAGACCACGGUUACACCAUCUACUCAACUUUUGGAGCUUUCUACAUCCCGCUCAUUCUCAUGCUGGUACUGUACGGGAGGAUAUUCAGAGCGGCGAGGUUUCGAAUAAGAAAAACUGUGAGGAAAACAGAGAAAGCAAAAAUAUCGGAUACAUGCCUGAACGUGUCUCCUGCGUUGUUUCCGAGGAAGACGAACGGCGAGGUGAGCAAAACUUGGCGGCGAAGCGGCGUGGAGCCACAGUCCAGCUCGUGCAUAAACGGAGAGCUGAAGAAUGCGGAGCACGGGGAAUCGCUCGAGAUUACAGAAGUUCAAAACGUAUCCAAACAGCACCUCGCCCUGCCAAACAACCCACAGUCGUGCUUCGAGAACAGAAGCGAAAGAAAUACGGAAGCGAAGCGCAAAGUGGCUCUGGCCAGAGAGCGCAAAACGGUGAAGACACUGGGAAUCAUUAUGGGCACUUUCAUUUUCUGCUGGCUGCCCUUUUUCAUCGUGGCGCUUGUUUUGCCUUUCUGUAAAGACUGUUUUAUGCCAGUGUGGCUGGGGGCGGUCAUUAAUUGGCUCGGAUAUUCCAACUCACUUUUAAAUCCUAUCAUAUAUGCUUACUUUAAUAAAGACUUCCAAAAUGCGUUUAAGAAAUUUUUGAGAUGCAAAUGUAUCAGACAGUGA